UUUCAGGUACACCUACGUUGUAUUUAUUGGCCAAAAUCAAGACAAAGUCAGCUCAUCGACAUGGAUUUUAUAUUUAAGUAGUGAGUCUUUCUUGGCUGACUUGUUAGUUCGAUAACUGGUUCUAUUGUUUCAUUUCACUGUAUUGCGUCAGAAUGGUCAACCGAGCAGAGGCUGCACAACUCUUGAAGCACCUUGAUAAAGAUAAAAGUGGGAAAAUUAGCUCAGUAGAGCUAAUGGAAUUUUUGAAGAGUGUUAACUGUCCAUUCAAUAAAGAACAAGUUGAUAAGUUUAUUCGUCAGCACGACAAAGACGGAGAUGGACAAUUAAAUACUGAUGAACUCCUUGAUGUUUUAUGUUCAUAAUUUCUUAAAUUUUUAGUAGUGUUUCUUUCAUAAAUAAAUAGUAUUUUAAUUUCACAA